AACAAACUUUAAAUGUCUGCAAAAUACCCUAAGACUCAUACUUCUGAAGGUAGCCUGAAGGUAGUCUGAAGGUCAACGAGCCCAGAGAUUCUCAAAAGAUGCAGAUGAUCUGUCUGGGAAUGCUCCUUUUCAGCCUGGCCCGGGCAGCACCAACCUUUCAACCACAGUCUGAGAAAACUAAGCAAGGCUGUGUGGAAGAAGAGAAGAUAACGUACAAAGGCCACCAUGAGAAACAUGGAUAUUAUGUUUUAAAGUGUGUGUACAGAUCCCCUCGAAGGAAAACUCAAACUGACAUAAAGCAGGAAGAAUGGAGCAAAGACAGGACUGCCCUUCACCAUCUGGGGACAAGAAGGAAACAAGAGUCACCUCUAGAAAAAAACAGUGCCCAGGAGAGAGAGAAAUAUGUGUCCCUUCUUGAAACCAAUGGAAAUCAUCAAAGCCAAAAAUCUCAAACUCUCUUUGCAAACAGAAAGACAGGGCACGAACACUACAGCGCGAAUCACACAGAGGAUGUCCACGCUGACCGCGCGGUGUCCCUUCGUGCUGCAUCCACUCGGAAGAGUGGGCCGGAGAAGGUAGCUGCUGCUCUCCGUGAACGUGACCGAGAAACAGAGGGUGCGGCUCACCCUGGGAAGGACAUGCCAUGGUUCCCGGGGCCGGGGGCUGCCCUUGAACUCCCGCGGGAAAAAAACAAAGAGAAGAAACUCGGGGAAGCUCCACACACAAUUCCCAGAGGUGUUCACAAUGAAGAAGCCUCCCCCAAAUAUGAAAAGACUCUUCAAAGAGAUGCCCAAGCCCCAAAUGGUCCGGCCCAAGGGACAAACCCCCGUCACGUCCGAGGCGGCACUGACUUUCUACAGCAACUGACAAAAGUCAAAACUCUGCCCCGGGAUUUUGAAGGCAGUGGUUACCCGCAGCUCCGACAGAGAGGAGACGACGAUGUCGGCCCUUUCAGCGGGGAUGGCCAGCCUUCUGAGGACAUUCUUGGUCAAGGAGAAACGACGAGUCCUGACCCAGAAGGUCCGGACAUUCAGACAGGUGAAUCUGAGGCGACUCAGCCUGACAGAAGAGGGUCCCGUUAUAACGAGAAAGGGGGGUCCAGUAGAGAUGCCAUUGGAAGUGGGGACCCCGCCGCCCCAGGGUCCACGGGCGCUGAUGUGCGUCUGAUGGAGGAGGGCGCCGAUGACAUCCUGGGCCAAACGGACCUGCAGGAACUCCCUGGACACCACGUGGACUCCGGCAGUCGGAAUGCUCAUCGAGGGGGAGUGGAGAUGCUGUACCCCGGUACCCCCUCAAAGGGGAAGCGCAAAGAGAGCGGCAGGGAGGUGACGCAAAGCACAAAGGACAAUGAGAUUCCUAAAAAUGGCAAAAGCGGCACGCGAAAAGGUGCGGGGCAUUCCCAUCGAAACCAAGUAACCUCGACGGAAGAACAAAAACCUCCUGGUAAAAGGAAAAGUCCGGGCCCUGCUCGUGGUAACGAAAUAGGUUCCUACAAGAGUCCCGCUAGCGAAGAAAAUAGAGUCGCACACAAUGAUGGGGGCAGAAGGCUUUAUGCACCCCCUUGGCGAAACAAUGCCGCUCGAGGAAAGGGUGUGUCGCGAGGCAACGGUUCCCGGGAACCCAGAAGACCCCACUCCAACAGAAGCCGUGACCGCAGGAGACAGGGGGAUAGCAGUGAGCCAUCUGAGAGUGACAGCUCCAGUUCCAGUGAAGGUGACUAGCGCCUACACUGCCUGCCAUCGUGGAGGGAGUGGAUCUCAGAGCACUGGAGAGCAGAUCACGGGAGAGUAACCAAGACACUUUGUCACCUUGGGAGAAUUCUUGGUAUUUUUUCGGGCAAUAUCAAAUGCCAAAUUCUAUUCAAAGGUAUAACGAAUAUGCUUUUUUUUUUUAGGCAGAAAACAUUUUAAGGAUUUAUGGAUUAAGUACGAUUUAAAUAGGUAUCAUUUUAGUCAGCAAAUGUCACAAAUGCCUUGCAGUGUUGUUUACUCUGUAGUCAUUAGCCAGAGUUGGUAUAUGAUAAUCUGUAAUUAAAUGAGCUAUAGCAGUGGUUCUCAACCUGUGGGUCACCACCCUUUUGGGAGUCGACCAUUUCUUUCACAGGGGAUGCCUAAGACCAUCAGAAAACACAUCUAGCCGAUGGUUUUAGGAACCGAGACACCGCUCCUCUCGGGUCGCCCACAUGCAGAUGCUGAUGUGGGGAGAAAGAAGCUAUUUUAACUUUCCCACUGAUGCUACUUUUUACGCAUACUGUCGCAAACUGGAACAAUGUAGUUUACUGCUGUUAUAUUAAGACUGUUACCCAUGCUACACCG